AUGGCAGACCAAACGACCGGAAGACAGGACUUCGCAGUCCACACGGACGCCUCGGGAAAAGGCGAAAACCUCUCAGCACCGAAGGAUGUCAUCCACGACAGCGGCAGUGAAGACGUCGAGAUCGGCCAUCGCUUGACGAACAUCUCCGUCGGCGCAGCUGCGACUCUCCCGCAAGCCCAUCGCGACUACCUCAUCCAGCGGCACGGCACACUCGAUCUGGACCCCAUUCCAUCAGACGAUCCAGCAGAUCCUUAUAACUGGCCAUCGUGGAAGAAAAUGGCCAAUCUCAUCCUCGUAGCCUUCCACGCGAUGAUGACGACCUUCACCGCCGCGGCCAUAAUCCCCGUCUACGAGAACAUCGCCGAGGACCUGGGGACAUCCAUAACCCGAGCGAGUUACCUCACGUCCUUGCAAAUCGCGGUCCUUGGAUGGGCGCCUUUGUUCUGGAAACCGAUUGCGAAUCGAUAUGGACGGCGGCCGGUGUGGUUGAUCAGCACGCUCGGGGCGUUGCUUUUCAAUGUUGGCUGUGCGCUUUCGAACAGCUACGGGGCGAUGGGGGUGUGUCGGGCGUUUUGCUCGUUCUUCUUAUCUCCAGCAGCCGCCAUCGGGAGCGGCGUGGUGACCGAGACGUAUUUCAAACGGCAACGAGCCCAGUUCAUGGGGGUGUGGACGCUGUUGGUGACGUUAGGCCCUCCCUGCGGCCCAUUCUUCAUGGGUUUCGUCGGCUACCAGACAGGCAACUACCGCUGGAUCUACUGGGUCCUCGCCAUCAUCAACGGCUGCCAGUUCAUCGCCUACAUCUUCCUCGGGCCGGAGACGCGGUACAUCCGGCGAGGCGUCGAGCACAGAGGCUCCGCAUUCAAGCAAGAAUACCUCCAACUCCGCCGCAUCGACCCCAACCCCCUCCGGCUGUACGAGUUCAUCCAACCCCUGGCCCUGUUCAAGUACGCCACGAUCUGGAUCCCCACGGUCGCCUACACGAUCGUCUUCGGCUUCGCGAGCGUGCUCAUGACCGUCGAGAUCCCGCAGCUGUUCGUGCCGAAGUUCGGGUUCAACGCCCAGGAGAUCGGCCUGCAGUUCCUAGGCAUCAUCAUCGGCAGCAUCAUCGGCGAGCAAAUCGGCGGUCGACUAUCGGAUUACUUCGUCAAUCGUCGCGCCAAAGCUCUAAACCGCGCUCCACCCCCCGAGUAUCGUCUCUGGCUGAGCUACGGCGGCUUCGUGCUCGUCAUGGUCGGUGUCAUCGUCUUCGGAGUGCGAUACCAGCAAGCCGCCCAGGGGCAUUGGAACGUGACGCCCAUCAUCGGCGUCGCGAUCGCCGCGGUGGGGAACCAGAUCGUGACGACGGUCAUCGUGACAUACUGCAUCGACUCGCACAUCGAGCAGAGCGCGAGUAUUGGCGUCUUCGUCAACGUCGUGAGGAGUACCUGGGGUUUCAUCGGACCUUUCUGGUUCCCGGAUAUGCUGUCUUCGCUGGGGGGUUCAGGCAGUGGCGGGUUGAUGGCUGGAAUCGUCUUCGUCGUCAGUAUCGUCCCCGUUGUUAUCGUGCAAUGGCGCGGCCAGCUGUGGAGGAAGGCGAAACCGUCUUCCCCUCUUCCUCCUGAUUCGCCCCCUGGGGAGAAGGUCGUGCCGACUGAGAAGGAACAGGCUGGUGUGGCGAGCUCCUAG